AUGCAACAAGCUUUAGAAAGAGCUUCGGGUCGUGCAGAGUCGGUCAUUGAAAGUGUCCGGCAGAGGCCGCCUAAAAGGACAUGCUCCGCUAGCGGGGAGAAGUCUCUCCACCACAAGCUGUACGACAUCUACGCUGAGGAGUGUGAGAAGGAGCCGGAGGGCGCCGAGGAGUUGAGAAGCAGUGUGAACUUGCUGGAGAAGCUGGUGGCGCGCGAGGCCCUGCCGCGUGUGGUGGUGAACCUGUACCCGGGAGAGCAGGGCUAUUCUCUGAUGCUCAAGGGCACGGACGAGGCCUGCUCCGAGACCGUCCGCAUGCGCUACGAGGAAGGGGAGUUGCUGCAGUACCUGGAUGCAGAGCAGUUACCCCCUGUUCUGCUGGAUCUCCUGGAAAAAUCGGAGAUGAAUCUUUUCCACCGCGGGUGCGUCCUCGCAGAAGUUCGGGACUACAGGCAGCGCGGCCCCGGGGCCCCCCCCGGCUACCAGAGCAGGCACGUGCUCCUGCGGCCGACCAUGCAGACCCUGGCCGCGGACGUGCAGGCCAUCGCCGGCGCCCACCAGGACUGGACGCAGGACGACAGACUGCUGCUGGAGAGCCAGCUCAUCUUGGCCACCGCCGAGCCCCUGUGUCUCGAUCCUUCCGUCACAGUCGCCUGCACGGAAAACAGGCUGCUCUACGACAAGCAGAAGAUGAACACUCACCCGAUGACACGGAGCCUCAGGAGGUUUUCCAUGGCUUCUCUGGCCAGGGAGCGGGCGCGCCCUCCCCGCCCGCCGCCGCCCCAGCUCAGCGCCCUGGCGUCCUGGAAAAAGUCCAAAGCAAGCCAAGCGGCUCCGCAGUACGACCUCAAAAUCUGUAAGGUGGGCCACUGUGUAGAUCUGUGGAAACGGAGGCCCUGCGAGCUGGCCGUCCCCUCUGCAGUGGACGUGGAGAAGUACGCCAAGGGCAGGCCGUCUGGGCCGCGAGCCGGCUCCCGGCCCAGCGCGCGGCCCGUCGCGGAGGUCAAAGAGGACUCGGCGCCGGGAGCUGAAGCUGGCAGCGCCGCCCAGACGGCAAGGCCAACCUUCCCGCGGCCGGGUAAGGAUCCACUAUCCUCUGCAGAAAGGCCUCAUGCAGAAACCAGACGUGAGCGACAAAUGUCUCUCCCUGGUGACCCCUCCGCAGAUGACCACUCCAGUCUGGACACGGAUGCCGGGAGGGUCGUCAGCCGGUCCGGGGAGCUGGUCCCGAAGAAGGCCCCCUGCCCGGUCAAGAUGUCAUCGAGCCCCCGUGGCUCAACCAGUCUCAGCCACUUCUCCCCAGGCAAAGCAGCACAUCAGCCCGACACCACCCUGGUUCAGUCUUCAGUCUUGCAGAAGGGAGUCACACAUCUGCCUUCCCCCAUGCAGCUCCUCCCAAGCUCAGGGAAGAGUUCCUCGGGGAACAUCUUUAUUCCAGAACACGCAAGCAGCAUUCUCCAAUCUCUGCCCUCUGCUCCUGCUUCCAAGCCACCGAGUGUUCCCCAGAAAUCCUCUAUGGAAGUGAGUGAGGUUCACAAGAUUCCUCCAGCCACUUCAUUCACUGUCAACUCCUCUGAGGGAAUGACGGUCCUGUCCACUUUCAGGUCCUCACAGAAACUGGUCUGGUCACCUCUCAGUGCAUCCAGGAGAAUCCAGACCCUGUCCACUGCCAUCUCCUCACAGAGAACGCCAGCCACCCCAGUCAUGGCCACCUCCACUGGCCAGGACAUCAUCAAUGUGGUGGGUCCUGUUCUUGGAGCCCAGACUUUGGCCAGUGGGUCCCACCCCAUACAGGGCUCGACUCCUGCCGGAGUCAAGCCCAGCUACCAGCCCUCAGGAGAUCAGACACCAACCUCAACAGAUAAAGCAGUUGAGGAUCUUGCAGCAGCCUGUGGCUGUGGUGACAGCAGCAGCCCCGAAGGCUCAGCCACCAUGCCCGCAGACAGCGAGCCUGUCCACAGGUAA